AUGGAUUCUCGAAAUCACCCUCAACGUCAACCCCAACCCCACCACGAUGACCACCAAUCCCUACCCGAAUCCCACGAACUUGAGCAACCUGUAAGUGAUAUGGUGCACGUGAUAGUCUCUUUCAACCAACACGAACAACUGAAUCUCCGCCAAAAUCCUAUCAGUUCGGUUUCUGCUCUUACUCCAGUGGUGAAUCAAGCAGAUUCUAUUGCUAUUGCUCCUGUUCUUUCAGAAAAUCUAGUUAAGAAAUCCCGUGAAAGGCCCCCAGGCUCCGAAAAGAAGAAGCAACCAGAAACUUCAGAUUCCGGUGCACCUGCUUCAGAAACCCCGGCUAAGAAGGCCCGUGGGAGGCCCCCUUGCUCUGGAAAGAAGAAGCAACCAGAAACUUCAGGUACAAUUGGAAUUUCCUCUGUGAAUCAUAUAAUCCAUGUGGACAUUGGGGAGGCUUGA